UGUAAUUGAUAACAGUCAGCAGAUAGUCUUUUCUGAACGCCUGAUAAAGUUAUCUCAAUGGGUGUCUAAUUGUGAACAUCUGAGUUUGCUUAUAACACCUGUUAGGCCGUACCAUGUCUGUUUGACUACUUUUCUCGUUAAUCUCAAUCUCAGAAGUAGUUGAAUUAACUUAAAUAAUCAAGUAACAAGUAAUCUAAAUAUAAUUCGUUUUUGAAUACUCGAGUACUAUCCAACUCGGUCAGAAAUAUGCUGCGCCAAUUGGUUCUCCUGAUCUGCGUUGGCAGUUCCGUAGCACAAUCCUGCGACACCUGUACUUGCUUUAAUGUCAAAACGGUUCCGGCCUCCAUGAAUAAGUUGAUUAAAUACAGCCCUUUGCACGCACAAGCCGCCUCAACUGUCAGUCAACCAGAUAGUCUGGACAGCGUCUGUUUGGAUUUCCGGAGAACUCAUGUUGAAGGAAGUGCUCUAGUUGUUACUACUGCCAAUUACCUUGGUGAUUCCUAUAUACAACUACCAUUUGUUGAAAAGUCCAUUGAUUCUGGUGUGCUGUCUGGCGUCGGUCCGUCUUUUAUAUUCUCGGAGGAGUCAGCUGGAGUUAUUUCUGCGUUGGACCGUGUGCUGGGAGAGCCUUGCAAUGGAACUUUCAUCAUCUACCGAUGUAUUCUCCUUGGAUCUCCCUGUAUCACGGAUGAGAGUCAGGUGACCGUCUUCAUAUUAUCAACCAACAAAGAAGAGUGUCAAGAGUGUGUCGACAAAGGUAUUGCCAUAGCUCAGCAGAACUUCCCUCACCUAGAGUUCUAUUAUCUUCCAAAAACAGUCACCGACCCUUGUAGAACGGGUGGAUGCAGUAGAUAAGUAUUAAUUAUCCACUAACUUCCAUUAAUGAAGUAUUUUGUUGGUGCAAAUAAACCUAUUUCUACAAAA